CUCCACUCACAGUCACUCACCCCCUCAACUCCUUCCUCUCUCUCUAUAUAAGCGCAAUCUAUUUGUAACUUUCAACCUCCUCCAAAACCCUUGAUGCUCUCCACUGUUCUCCCCGUUCACAGACCAUGGAUGCACUCUACUUUUUCUAUGCAUUCCUCUUCUUCCUUCUCCCUUCAAUCCCAUCCGUCUUCUCCGACUCCGGCACCGUCGGUGUAAACUACGGCCGCCUCGGGAACGACCUUCCAUCACCGCCGCAAGUAGUGCAACUCCUUAAAGCGCAAGGUAUCACCAAGGUGAAGCUUUACGACACUGAUUCCACCGUUUUAUCUGCCCUCUCGGGUUCCGGGAUCUCCGUCGUCGUCGCGCUUCCUAACAAUCAGCUCUCCUCCGCCGCCGCCAGCCAGUCAUUUACUGACUCCUGGAUCCAAUCGAAUAUCCUUCCUUACCACCCCAACACCCUCGUCGAAGCCAUCGCUGUUGGGAACGAAGUGUUUGUUGACCCCCAAAACACCACAUCCUUCCUUGUUCCCGCCAUGAAAAACGUUUACGCAUCUCUGGUCAAAUACGACGUCGCGUCCUCCAUUAAAGUCACCUCCCCUGUAGCCCUCAGUGCUCUACAGACAUCCUACCCUUCGUCCUCCGGUUCUUUCAAAUCGGACCUCGUCGAACCGGUUAUCACACCAAUGCUGAAUUUCCUCAAACAAACCGGAUCGUACCUCAUGGUGAAUGCCUACCCCUUCUUCGCCUAUUCUGCUAAUACAGAUAAGAUUUCGUUAGACUACGCCUUGUUACGUAACAACUCCGGCAACGUCGAUCCCAACAACGGGCUUGUUUACAAGAGCUUGUUCGAUGCCCAAAUCGACGCCGUAUUUGCAGCAAUGAAUGCAUUAGGAUUCAACGACGUGAAAAUUGUGGUUUCCGAAACUGGGUGGCCGUCGAAGGGCGACGAGAAUGAGGUCGGGGCAAGUGAAGCGAAUGCGGCGGCGUAUAACGGAAACUUGGUCCGCCGAGUGCUUACCGGCGGUGGAACCCCUCUACGGCGCAACGAGCCUCUGAACGUCUAUUUAUUCGCUCUCUUCAACGAAAACGAAAAGCCCGGGCCCACUUCGGAGAGAAACUACGGGCUCUUCUACCCAAACGAGCAGAAAGUGUACAACAUCCCACUCACGGCGGAGGGUCUCGCCGGUUCCCCCAGCAUGAUGAAUGGAAGCAAGAGCCAGGUGGUGGCGCAGCCACCCAGCAGCGUGGGACAGACGUGGUGCGUGGCGAACGCGGGAGCCGGGGAGGAGAAACUGCAACAGGCGCUGGACUAUGCUUGUGGAGAGGGAGGGGCGGACUGCGGUGCGAUUCAGCCUGGAGCGACGUGCUACGAUCCGAACACGGUGGAGGCCCACGCAUCGUAUGCGUUCAACAGCUACUACCAGAGAAAUGCUCGGGGGAGUGGGACCUGCGACUUCGCCGGCGCUGCCUAUGUCGUCACUCAAUCUCCUAAGUUUGGUAGCUGUGAAUUCCCGACGUGGGGUAAUUGAGGGUAGAGAUUGUUUGGUGGGAUUUGGCAGUUAAAGUUUGUUAUUCCUGAUUGUAUAUGUUAAUUUAUGUGGAGGAGGUGAGGUUCACCUCAUAUUGAUUGGGUUUAGAUAGUUUGAGUAACCAUCCACCUCCUACUCUCAUUUCACUUUCUAUAUAUUACUAUAUACGUCUCCAUCAUUUCAAUA